AUGGGCCUAGUGACACCCUUAGGUUGUGGAUUAGAUACUAAUUGGAAAAGGCUAAUAAAUGGUGAAAGUGGUAUUCAAAAAUUAACAAUCGACAACAGCAAAAUCGAUAUACCUGCAAAAAUUGCCGCCAUGGUUCCAAAAGGAAGUGAAGAGGGCCAAUUUGACCAACAAAAGAUGGUUCCUUCCGAUGUGCGUUUAGCAAGCUCAGAUUUUAUAAAAUAUGCAGUUGCUGCCUCAAAUGAAGCAGUUCAAGAUUCCGGUAUUAGUGAUGCAUUAAAAGAGAAUAAGGAUUCAUUACAAGAACGUACUGGCGUUUGCAUAGGCUCAGGUACUGGUUCAAUGGAGGAGAUUAUGGCUGCAACUGAAAAGAUCUCUAAAUACUCAAGUGGAACUGGGAAAGUAUCUGCCUAUUUUAUUCCAAGAAUACUUAUAAACGAGGCAUCCGGUAUAGUUAGUAUAUUGCAUAAAGCAAAGGGUCCAAAUCUUUCAAUUGUUAGUGCAUGUGCUACAGGAUCGCAUUGUAUUGGGGAAUCCUUUAGGAAAAUUAAAUAUGGCGAAGUAGAUGUAAUGAUAUGUGGUGGUACAGAAGCAAGUAUCAAUUCAGUUUCAAUGGUAGGGUUCUCUAAAAUGAAAGCACUUUCGACUAAAUUCAACGAUACACCAACUGAAAGCAGCAGACCAUUCGAUAAGAGAAGAGAUGGAUUUGUAAUGGGCGAGGGUGCUGGUAUUUUAGUGUUGGAAGAGUACGAGCAUGCCAUUGCUAGAGGUGCUAAAAUAUAUUGCGAAGUUAAAGGCUAUGGCUCAUCUGGUGAUGCCCAUCAUAUAUCUGCACCAAAUAGUGACGGAAAUGGUCCUUUUAGAUCAAUGACCCUAGCACUAAAAGAAUCAGGUCUUGAUGCCAGCGAUAUUGACUAUUUCAAUGCCCAUGCCACAUCAACACCUUUAGGAGAUGGUAUCGAAUGUAAAGCAAUUAAGGACUUUGUAAAUCAAAAUUCAAUCCAAACAAGCAACAAACAAAUUACAAUGAGCUCAAAUAAAGGUUCAAUUGGUCAUCUUUUGGGUGCAGCUGGUAGUGUAGAAUCUAUUUUUUCAAUUUUAUCACUUUACAAUAACAUUGCCCCACCAACUUUAAAUUUAGAAGAACCCUCAGACGACUGUUUGGGUAUUAACUUGGUGCCAAAAAGAUCUCAACCAAUGGAAAUCAAUCAUGUAUUAAAAAAUUCAUUUGGUUUUGGUGGAACAAACUGUUCUUUAAUUUUUUCAAAAACCAAAUAA